ACUUAACGCCCUUCUCUUCGAAAACCCUAGUCUUCUCAGUAGCAGCUCUUCCACCUGGUUCCCAUCUUCUUUUCUAGGGUUUUGCCGAGGCGGCGUGGAGUAGAAGAGCACACGAGAAGAAAUGGCGAGGAUCAAGGUUCAUGAGUUGAGGCAGAAAUCGAAGGCGGAUCUGUUGACGCAGCUUAAGGAUCUUAAGGCGGAGCUUUCUCUCCUUCGAGUCGCCAAAGUCACCGGCGGUGCCCCGAACAAGUUAUCCAAAAUCAAGGUAGUGAGAUUGUCGAUUGCUCAAGUCCUGACAGUAAUUUCCCAGAAGCAGAAGGCUGCAUUGAGGGAAGCUUACAAGAAGAAGAAGCUCCUGCCUCUGGAUCUGCGCCCAAAGAAGACGAGGGCCAUUCGUCGAAGGCUCACCAAGCACCAAGCGUCUUUGAAAACAGAGAGAGAGAAGAAGAAGGAGAUGUACUAUCCAUUGAGGAAAUAUGCUAUUAAGGUGUAGUAAUAUUCGGUAGUCAUUUGAUUAUGCAUCGGCAGACCAAUUUUGUUGACAAGUUUUGUCUCGUAUUCUUGAUAAGCUUAUGUCUGAUUCUCUUGGGGCUUUCCACCCUAAACCAAGCUGUUCUAUUUUCAUUGACAAUUAUAUAUUUGAGAGUUUGGCGUUUUUUCUUCA